CUCCGGUCACACUUUCAAUCCGAAACCAUCAACAUCGUCGCGUCGCGCUAGAAGAUAAAUAGAGAAAAAUAGAGUGUACUCGCGCCCCUCAACUUGUUUUUUUUUUGUUUUAUCGCGCUGCAGCGGACGCGAGUGCGAUUAAUGAGGCGUACCAAGUGCAAAACGCUCGCCAGUGAAUUUGCAUAUGGCCAAAUCUAACAACACCAAUACACACGCCCCAGGGCAGCGCUGAGCAGCAAAAGUGAUGACUGCUGCCCCAGGUGCCCCCAAAUUUGUUGUUGCUGCUGAUGUUUGCAUUGGUGUUGGGUGUUCAGUGACGUCGAGUGCGAGUCCGAGUGCCAGUGGAAGUGAAUCGAAAAAGUGGAAUUGCGCACCAUUAUUCGCAGCAGCACUGCUGUUGUAUGUAGUAUGUGCAGUUGUUUGUGGCGGCGCGCAAAGUUCGCGGACAGCAGGCGAAAUAACGGGUCACGAGAAGACGAAAAGGAAAACAAACUGAAAAGCAGAGCAAGCAGGCCAAAUAACGCAACAAAGUGAAUUGUCCGCCCACCUCCUCCCCCCAUCCUCCGCAAAAAAAUUAAUCCCGAAAUCAAAUUACGUGGCAAGUGGUCAAGGCGGGCGAGAAUAGCCAAAAACCUGGCUCAGCAAGUUUGGCCCGUUAUUUGGGAGCACUGUUUACUGUACGUGCUUGGCACACCACCCGCCCCCAUACCACCCACCCAUAAGCCCACUCAUCCCCUCGCCGCAUAACGGAACAGGAACAGUACAGCAAAGGAGUAGAAGAAUCCACCACCGAAAUGUCGUCGCUCAAGGUUGCUGUGAGGGUUCGUCCCUUUAACUCGCGCGAGAAUGACAUGGACGCUCAGCUCAUCGUGGAGAUGGAGGGCAAGAAGACCAGGCUCCUGAAGCCCCGCCUGCAGUCCAUACGCGAUGCCGGACGGGACAAUCAUCAUGACUUUACGUUCGACUACUCGUACUGGUCGUUCGAUGCGGAGGAUCAGCACUUUGCCACCCAGGAGCAGGUCUACAGUGAUCUGGGCAACGAUGUCGUGGACUGUGCCUACGAAGGUUACAAUGCAUGUGUCUUCGCCUACGGACAGACGGGCUCGGGGAAGACCUUCACUAUGAUGGGCACUCCAAACAACCCGGGCCUGAUACCGCGCAUCUGCGAGGAGCUGUUCGCCCGGAUGCGUGUGGGCCAGGAGUCCGGUACUGGCUACCGGACGCACGCCAGCUACCUGGAGAUCUACAACGAGCGGGUCAAGGACCUGCUGGCGGCCCAGAGCACCGGCCAUGGCCUGCGGGUGCGGGAGCAUCGCAGUCUGGGCCCCUAUGUGGAGAACCUGUCGCAGCACGCCGUCUCCGACUUUGAUGAGAUUCAGGAAUGCAUCGCCCGGGGGAAUGCACAACGCACCACGGCCAGCACCAACAUGAACGAUACGAGCAGCCGGAGUCACGCCAUCUUCACGAUCACAUUUGUGCAGGCCGUCUUCAUGAAUGACAUGCCAAGCGAAACAGUCUCGAAGAUCCAUUUGGUCGAUUUGGCAGGCAGUGAGCGGGCCAACGCCACGGGCGCCACAGGUCAGCGCCUGAAGGAGGGCGCCCACAUCAACAAGUCGCUGGUGACCCUGGGCAGCGUUAUCUCGGCCUUGGCGGAGCAGACGAGCGCUGGGAAUAUCAGUAGCUCCUCCCUGGCCACCACACCCAACGGGGCCAGCAAGCGGGUACUCUACAUCCCCUACCGCGACUCCAUACUCACCUGGCUGCUAAAGGACAGCCUGGGGGGCAACAGCAAGACCAUUAUGAUAGCGGCCCUCUCGCCGGCGGACUGCAACUACAGCGAGACCCUGAGCACCCUUCGGUACGCCAACCGGGCCAAGAACAUCAUCAACAAGCCGACAGUGAACGAGGAUGCUAAUGUCAAGCUGAUCCGCGAGCUCAGGGAGGAGAUCAACAAGCUCAAGUCGAUGCUCACUGGAGAUAUUCAAUCGCUUCAGCCUUCCCUCAAGGUACUGGCCGAUCUUCAGAAGAAGGAGGCGCAGGAGAAAGUGCUCACCGAGGAGUGGACGGAGAAGUGGAAGGUGGCCCAGUCCAUUCUGCAAGAGCAGAAGAGUCUGGGCUUGCGGAAGUCGGGUGUCGGGGUGGUUCUGGACUCAGAGAUGCCGCAUCUCAUCGGUAUUCAUAACGACGUGACCACGGGAGUGACGCUGUAUAGCCUGAAGGAGGGAGAAACGCGAAUCGGCAGCGAAGAUGCCGAGGUGGCGCAGGACAUCGAGCUAGCCGGCGAUGGCAUUCGCGCCCAGCACUGCAGCAUUGUGCUGAAGGGUGGAGUGGUGACUCUGCAUCCCUGGCCACUGGCCCAGUGCUGGGUCAAUGCCCACUUGAUCGACGAGCCCAAGCAGAUCUCGCAGGGCGACAUCAUUCUGCUGGGUCGGACCAACAUCUUUCGAUUCAACAACCCCGCCGAGGCGGCCAAGCUGCGCAAGGAUCUGAGUCGUUCGCAGCUGGACAUGUCGCGGCUGUCGCUGAUAACUUCCUCCAAGGAGAACCUGCUCACCUGCAGCAUCUACUCGGACGAGGACGGAGCCUCGCCGUACAGCAAACGACCCGAGCGCCAGUAUUAUCCCCAGCGACCCAUGUCGAGGGACGAUCCCGAGCUACAGGAUGAGAACAGGAAGAUCCUGGACACCAUCGAGAAUGCCUUAAAGCAGCUGAAUGUGGAACGCGUCCAAAUGCAUGACCAAUACAAGACCAAGGUGCGAAAGCUAACCGAAGAGCUAAUCCGCCUGGAACAGGAGGAAAUGGACGGACUGCAGGUGUUGAAUUGCCGGGAGCAGGAACUGAUCGCUCGCAAGGAUAUGCUGAUGUGGGAGAAGAACAACGAAAAGGUUCAGAUCGACAUUGUGUGUAGACAAAUUUCAGCGUUUCAGACGCAGCUCGACUCUAAGAAACGAGAUUUCUCUGAGUACGUAGCGAAAGAAUUGCAGGAGCUGCAAGAUUGCGGCAAACUGGACGAGAUGGGAAUUAAAAUCGAAGAGGGCACUCCUCUUAAUGAUGAGCUGCUGCUGCAGGUGUCCGACUCGUUGGACUUGUUUGCGGCUCAGUUUAUAAAGGAAACUGUUCGAAGAAAUAACGAGGAGAUCCGUAAGCUGGAUGAGCAGAUUGCGGAGAAGGAGCGUAUACUCAAUGCCAGCACCACAAAGAUAGCCAAGGUGGAUGAAACCAUGCUAGAGAUUCAGGCCCAGCUGGAGCGGCUUCGCUUGGAGCGGCUGGAGAGUGAGGCUGAGUCGCAGGCCAUGCGUGCCAAGAAGCAGACCAUGAAGCUGCAGCUGGGCAACAAGUCCAUGUCCACCUCGACGAGCACCAACGAGGCCGACGACGUGUCCAAAUCGGAUACGUUCGAAACUUGUGACACCUUCCACACCGCCCAAUCGAACUUCUCACUCGUCUCGUCGCCCACCAUUACGGAGGGCCAGCAGUCGCCGCUGAGCAACUGCUCCUGCGAGGCCGAGGACGAGGCGGAGGACACGCGCAAGGAUGACCUCUCCGGCAGCAGUGAGGAUGCUUCACGCACCUGCACAGCCGGUCCGAGCAGCGGAAGUGGCAGUGGAAGCGUGGGACUAGGAGGCUCAGUGCCCAGCGCCACACCCAGCUCACAGGCCAUUAUGAGCGAUAGUGGCGUGUGCCUGGACAGUCGCAACCAGGCCUUGAUUCAGAACGGGCACAUCAACAACUACAGGCAGGGCCUACGCACAAGCGACGAGGACACGGGCUCUUGCUCCUCCUGCGAGCUUGGCCGGCAUUCUGAGGUGGCGCGACCCUACUGCCCGCUCCAUUCGCUGCGCCGCAAGAUAGCCGCCCAAAAAGCCCUCAUUAUGAAGAAUCUCGAAACGGACCUGAACAAGUCUCGGUUGGAUGAGCACAUUGCUGACCUGCAGGAUCUGCAGCGGCGCUACAUUCAAAUGGAGCAGGAAAUGCUGCAGUCGGUACAGGAUUUGGAGGCACAUGCGCAGUGCUGUGCGGAGGAGCGGUCGGGAAUGGAACGGCAAUACGAACUGGCCAGCUCUAUCAUGCGAUCCAGUGUGAUGAGCCCCACCAGCAUGGAGGAGUCCCAGAUCUAUCCUCCCAGCAUGACGAGAUCCUGUCCCUCCAUGCGAGAGUUUCCUGAAGGUGAACAUUUUAUCACAAUACCCAGUUUUGUGAUGCGCGGGGCUGGUAAGCAGACCCACUACGAGUACGAGGUGCGCAUUGCCCUGCCCGAUGGAAAGCUGAAUAUCCUUCGGCGCUACAGCCGUUUCCGGGAGCUGCAUUUAUGCAUGAAGCACUGCUACGGAGCCAAGAUCUCUGCAUUACCCUUCCCACGUCGAGAGCUGUUUGCCUCCAACAGCGAGCCGGUAGCCAAGCACAGACGUCGCCUACUAGAGCUCUAUCUGCGCCGUCUCUUCGUCGUGUGCUCGAAGAUACCCCAGUGUCCAAUCUAUGAUGGACCUGGCGGGCCGGGCCUCACACGCGCCUCUCUCGUCCAGCUGUCGUCUUUUUUCAAGAAAGGCCUCUUCGAGAACGGAAAGCAUGGGACGGGAUAAUAGUUAACCUACUGCUGAAUUAUCUCCUGCCUACAGUGUGUCUUUUUAUUUACUUGUACUACCUGUUAAGCUAUAUGACCGAUAACAU